ACAUAAAAGAGCAAUUCUUUCCCUUUAACAUUUACCAAAAUGCAGUCAAUCAGCGAUCUUUGCAGUGACUUAGAUUCCCACACAUAUCCCAAAUUGGCAGAUUUACAUCCGCUGUUAAAAGCACACGAUGAUCACCAAUGAUAAUGCAUAGAUAAUGCAUUUACUCAGGAAACACCUGAGGAAGGCUGUGCGAUAUAAGACCCGAUCGGGACGUGUCCUGAGAAACAUCAACAUGAGAUCCCUACCGUUGGUCAUCGUGCUGCUGUGCAUGUUGUGUGCGGCGCAGGUUCAGACACAGGAGAGCGCCAACACACUGAAGCUGUGCGGUCGAGCUUUUCUAAGGGCAGUGGUGUUCAACUGCGGAGGAUCCAGGUGGAGAAGAUUUAUGGGAGAAGAGGAUACUUUCCCAGAAGGUCAGUAUGGACUCACCUCUUUUACCUCUUUGGCAGUCAACAGAGAGGCAAACCUCCUAAAGUGGAUAGAUGUGUCAGUAAUGGAACGUCAAUUGCGGGACCAAAACGCGGCCUUGAUGAGAACGUGCUGCCAACAGGGUUGUCAAAAAAGCGACCUGUCCAUGCUCUGCUAGAGCAGAGGAACAUCUCAAGGAAGUUCUCAGUCUGUCACAGUUACUCCUAAUUCGGCAUAAUCUCUGUUGUACAGAACACUGUAAGGAUGACGUCAUUUCUGAGUGCAAAAAUGUAAAAAAAAA